AAAGCUUUAUAUAGCAGGCUGGAAGCUGGAGUCGCUAUACGCUGUUGGAGUUGCUGUUGGAACAUGGGAACAAAACAGACUCACCUGUGUGCAGCUGGGCUGGUGAGCCUUCUGCUGAGGGCGGCCCUGCUCUCCGUCCUGCUGUGCAGCCCGCAGACGGUGCUGUCGGAAUCGGACGAGGUGGUCCUGACCGAGUGGGAGAUCUGGAAAAGCAGCAAUGGCAUAAGCUACGACGAAUCAGAAGACAUGCAGCGGAGGGCCAUCUGGGAGGACAACAAGCGCAAGAUUGAAGACCACAACCAAGGCUUUCUCCUGGGGAGGAUGUCCUUUGCUAUGGCCAUGAAUAAAUAUGGAGACCUUACAAGGCAGGAAUACCAAAAUCUGCAGGGAGCCAAGAUCAACGCCCAGUUUGUGCCAAGAGGAAAGGAGGAUUCAGCUCAAAGUCUGCGCUACAAAGCUAAGAAACUAGAAGCUGCGGUUGUUGACUACAGGAGCAUGGGCUAUGUCACUGAGGUGAAAGACCAGGGCUAUUGCGGCUCGUGCUGGGCUUUCAGCACAACAGGGGCGAUAGAAGGACAACUGUACAAGAAAUCGGGUCAGCUGGUGUCUUUGAGCGAGCAGAACCUGGUGGACUGCUCCAAACCUUUUGGCACCUACGGGUGCAGUGGCGCCUGGAUGGCCAACGCCUACGACUACGUGAUCAGCAACGGUCUGCAGACGACAGACACCUAUCCGUACACCUCCGUGGACUCACAGCCCUGUUUCUACGACAGCAGGCUUGCAGUGGCUCAUAUCAGAGACUACAGGUUCAUUCCCAAAGGAGACGAGCAGGCGCUGGCCGACGCUGUGGCAACCGUCGGGCCAAUUACAGUAGCUGUGGAUGCUGAUCAUGCAAGCUUCCUCUUCUACAGCUCAGGAAUUUACAACGAGCCCAGCUGUAACCCCAACCACCUGAGCCACGCAGUUCUGCUGGUCGGCUACGGCUCUGAGGAAGGACAAGACUACUGGAUCGUCAAAAACAGUUGGGGAACCAGCUGGGGUGAGGGCGGAUACAUGCGGAUGGCCCGGAACGGCGGCAACACUUGUGGCAUCGCAAGCUAUGCUUUGUACCCAAUUUUAUGAUUACAAGAACCCUAGAAACAGAUCGUUCUAAACUAUAAGCAACACGUUUCAUUUUUUUGUAUUCUUAAGCUACAUAGCUUGUGAACCUGUCGGACAUCAGGCUCUCAUAGGGAAUACAUUACCUCUCUCAGGGAUGUAGAAGAGUGUAGAUUCUCAACUAUUCAGACAUUUCUGUUUGUACAACUUGUUAAAAAAAAAUUCAAACUGAAAAUUUAAAUAAAAUUUGGACAUUUAACCUUG